AUGGUUUGGUUUUGCAAAAAUUCUAAACGAUUUAUUUCUGUAGAAAACCAAUUAGUUGAUCCUCGUGUCAAUCCAACUCAACCUCCACCACAAUCUAGCCAACAUUUUUUUCACCCUCAACCUCCACCUCAACCUAGUCAAUAUUUUUUUCACCCCCAACCUCCACCGCAACCUAGUCAAUAUUUUUUUCACUCCCAACCUCCACCACAAUCUAGCCAACAUUUUUUCCAAGAAUCAAUGCCCAACGCAACACAACAAAAUCAAUAUUAUAUACCAACACCUCCUGACACUCAACUGUCUCCUCAUACUUUUACCCACACACCACAUCAAUCUUACGGGUUCAUGCCAGGGGAACAAUUUAAUUUUGACAGUCAACAACCACAUCAAGAAGACAAUCGUCGACUAUCAUUUGCAUCAAGCGAAGAGGAAUUGUUGUAUAACACGUUCAACAGUCGUCAUAAUACACCUAAGUCCGCUACCCAGUUACUGAAUAAUAUGUGCCAACAAAAUUUUCAAAUUCCAAGCUUUGGGAAUGCAUAUACUCCGUUGAAUCAAAUAUCCAACUGGACUCAAGGUGGAAGUAGUUCUUUUGCAGCACUUCCUCCUAGACAUCCUCCACA